AAGAGAAUUGCGAAUAAGUUACAAGUCAAUGGGGCACAGUAAAACACUAUGCCUUCUUGGAGGCUUUCGUCCCCGAGUUCGGAGACCAGCGGCAGUGGAUCGGACGAGAAGACACCGUACCCCAGUUCAAUUAAAUUUAUAUCUCGAAGCCAAGAUUUUUUUUCUUAUGAUACAAUACAGCAUCGUACCGUACUCGAGUACAAGUGCGGCACGUUGAUUGUCCCACCCCGCUCAAUUGCUUCAUCACUCAACAAACACCCCCGGUGGACCUAUCACAUCUAGAGAGCGGAUCGUUUCGUUUCGACUGUUUCGAUAAACGAAUCAAGCCAUGGGCGCCGAGCAAUCCACGGAAACAACCAUCUGGACACCAGGGGACUUUCUCGACCCAUCAGGUGAUGAGGAUAGCCAACCUUUCGCAUUAUUAAUCCUCAACCAGGAUAUCACGAACCUAAAGCUAUUCGAGACACUCUACAAAAACAGUAAUCCUCCCCUUCGCAAUAUCCUUGACCAGGCAGUCAUUCAGCCAAUUGGAUAGCGCUAACCUGCCAAAUUCCCCCCCCCCCCCAGGUAAACUAGUGAUCUGUGCUGACGGCGGUGCAAACCGUCUCUACGACGCCUACACUACCGAAGAAGACCGUUUCUCCCAUGUUUGACCUCUCUCCCUCCCUUCCUUCCCCCCGUACUCCCCAAUUAACACAACCCUAGGCCCCAACCUGCAUAGCCGGUGACUUUGACUCCCUAAGACCCGAGGUGCAAUCAUAUUACUCCGCCCUCGGCGUCGAAAUCCUCAAAGUGGCCGACCAGGACUCGACAGACUUUGAGAAAUGCCUAUCCUGGAUCUCCGAGCAGGCGAAGGACUUCCCGCCAAUCCUGAAUCUACCCGAAGGAUACGGGACUGUAGAAGAAGAGGUAGAAAGCGGCAGCGAGGUUAGGAUCUCGGGAAUGCAGCCCGAAAUCACCGUGCUCGCCUUAGGAGGGUUCGGCGGGAGGGUUGAUCAUUCUUUCCAUUCCGUAUUAUAUUGCCCCCCCCUCCGCUGGCCCUUUUCAGUGAGUGAAUGUCACUAACGCCGGGGGUGGGGGAGGUAGAUUAACAUACUCUAUACGACUAUGCAUACACAUACCGUAUACCUGAUCUCCCCAGAGAACAUCACGUUCCUACUACCCGUGGGGUAUAAUACUAUACACACCCCACAUAGCGUCUUCGGGCCCACCUGUGGCAUUCUUCCCGUUGGGCGUGCGUCCGUCCUGACCACCUCGGGAUUGGUAUGGGACUUGCACGGACAGGAGAGCAAGUUCGGCGGACUUGUUAGCACAAGCAACCACCUGAAAAGCGAAGUGAUUCACGUGCACCUCGAGGACGCGCCAGUGGUGUUUACAUUAGAGCUUAGGCAGCAGGAGGCUAGAGUUGUUUAGAAUUUUCACCUUUUUUCUCUCUUUCUUCCCUUCGCUUGGCCUGGCUUGGUUUUUCUUGAUUUCGGAAUCGGUAAGGCGGAUGGGUGAAUGGAUGGCGCUUGUAUAAGCAGAACAUUUUGAUGAUGGGAACGAGAAAUUGACCCUCCCUCCAUUGCCGAAACAGCGUCACGGUAAAUCACUCGGGAGACAACCCCUAAUUCCAGAGGUAUCCCGAAAAUAUAUAUCAUACUCAUGACGCCCGAUCCGAAAUUCGCAUAUACCAUACCGGCAACCCCCUAACUAGAUCCUCAUAUGACACAAACCAACUCCCCACCCACUCCAGACCCAGUGGCUAAAAAAAACUCUGGAUUGAGACUUUCAUCACGAUCAUGCCUGAACAGCUACUUGUCACUCGCACAAUCAGUUGAUGAAAGAAGGAAAGAAAAAUUUAGAUGCACCCAUCCA